UUUUAUUCUUUUGACAUUUGCAGCAGACCUGAUUUUCUGGAUCCCCCCCAAGCAAAAGCUUACAUAUUUAACUGGAUUUAAUAUUUUUUUUAUUGGAAUAUCAACCCUUGAUAAGAAUUUUUCCACCUACCCCCACAUUUUAACAGAAUUAUUAAAUCCACUCAGACUUUCCCAAAAGCGGUUUGUGACUUUGGAACAAGCACUCUUGACGCAAACUUUGUGCCAUGGCAAACUCUUGCCUCCAACUGUGCGGCUUUCUCCUGAGCAGCCUGGGCUGGCUCGGGAUUGUGAUCGCCACGUCCACGAAUGACUGGGUGACGAUGUGUAAGUACGGCGUGACCACCUGUAAGAAGCUGGAUGAGCUGCAGUCCAAGGGACCCUGGGAGGAGUGUGUCAUCUCCACAGCACUCUACCACUGUGUCUCCUAUACACAGAUCCUGGAGCUGCCAGCCUACAUCCAGACCACUCGAGCCCUAAUGAUCCUAGGGUCUAUCCUGGGUCUCCCUGCGGUGAUUCUCCUUCUCAUGUCUAUGCCCUGCAUCAGCAUUGGAAAUGACGCGCAGAGCGCCAAGAACAAACGGGCCAUCCUGGGAGGCGUGCUGAUGGUUGUUGUUGCAUUGUGCGCUUUGGUGCCAACCAUCUGGUUUCCGAUCGGUGCCAACCAAGAGCUCGGCCUCAUGUCUUUCGGCUUCUCCCUCUACGCCGGAUGGGUGGGCACCGUUUUCUGCCUGCUGGGUGGAGUGAUGCUCAUGUGCUCGUCGGACUCCUCCACCUCCUCUCCACGCAGCUACCAGGACAACAACCACUAUUACUACUCCAAACACGGAGGUGGCAACCUGCCAGCAGCCUCCUCCAACCAUCAUGCCAAAAGUGCCCACGUCUAAGGUUGGAGAUCCCGUUGGGUCCCAUGGGGAUUCUUGUACAUAGAGACAUUUGCACAAAAGGCAAACAUUUAUGACGUCCAUGUUUUACCGUACGAUGUGAAGGCAUAUAGACGCGAACAACAGAGAGAUAGAACAUUUAAUUACAGUUUGAUCCUUGUUUUUGUCCUAAAGUGCCAAUUUUCCAACCUCCACACAAAGAGGUGUGGUGUGGACUCACCCCACUGUUACAUAAAUGUACAAUCUCAUAAUACAAAGGCUUGUUUAAUGAGAACCCUGAUUCUCAUUAAACAAGCCUUGGAAUCUCAUCAGUGUCUUUUUCACUGAGUACAAUUUUAAAUCUGUUUCAUACUUUUGUUUUGAUCAAAUAUGGGUGUGGUUGUGUUAAAUUUUUUUUUAAGCUAAAAUUGUUCUUUUUUCUUUUUUCUGUACAUGGAUUUUUUGGACAGUAUUACUAACUCCUGAGUGAUGGACUUGAUUAAAACGAUUUAUCACUGCGUUCAGCUAAACUGAACAUGGACCCUGACGUGAAGGUUUACCAAGCAGUGUUUAUAUCUCUGUAAAAGAAUCGGAAUUUACAGAGUAAAUGUAUUCUUUUUUGUUUGUUUUAACGGUCAACAAAGAGCAAAAAUUAAAUGUCACGUUUUAGAUAUACACUCUUUAUUUUUUUUUUUACUAAUUUUGUUGUUUUAGGUUUAAUGAACACUUGUUUGACAUAAACACAUGCGGCAUUAAAACAUUUCUUAACCACACGUCCUAGUGUCGAGCAGCUAUUUCUGUUUUGCAGGCAUGUUAAAAAACAAUAGUUGUAACAAUUAGUUUAUUUCUUAAAACUGUUGCAGUAAUGGAUGUGAUUUCGGAAUGGAACUACAUCACUAAAGCAUAACAACUAAGUUCCUAAAUUGUUAAAAUUGGAGGCUCCUUCCAGUCUCUUUUAAAGGCAAACCAGACUUGUGAAUACUAAACAACACAAAACACUAACUCUACCAGAAUGUAUCUUUGGAUCAGUUUUGCAGGUUCUAAGCCCAGAUAAAGAAAGAGGACUGAAAUUUAGUUGGAUGUACAAAAUGGAUAAAUAGAUACUCAAAAAAUCAUUUUAACCCACAAAGACUUAUUCCCAUGGGGAUUUUAAAAUCAGUCUUUUCAACUCACUCUUUGGUAGUUUCAACAUUAGAUGUCAUUUUUUUAUUUAUUUAUUUACAUUUUUUUGUGUUUAGAAUCUAACCCAAUGUGCUAGCUAAAACCCAGAGCCCAACCCUGUGUUAAAUCAAACCAGGUCUGCUUCUAUUUGCAGACUACUUUCUUCUGAACUCAGCAAUUUUUAAGAGUGAAAUUUUCUCAUCUUCGGUUUUCUGAUGUGAUGUUUUUUUUAAUCUCACUCGUCAUGUUUUAAAUAGUAAUAGAAAUUUGUUUGCAUAUGGAAAAUCCCGCACGCAUUGAGAUAAGCGGCAAUGCGUCUCGCGAUGACGCCAUACGAUUUCCGCUGCAGAUCGGUGACUCAGAUUGACUGUCUUAGCAUAUCGGAGUCUUUGUGCGAACAACAUUAGCAAUUUGUAUCUAAGCUAAAACAAGAAAAGAUGGUGUAUUUCUGUAAUCUCUGUGACCUUGACUGAGAUAAGCACAGAAGAAUCUGUCCCACAGACUCAGCCUCCCAGUCUCUUCUGGUAACCACACACACACACACACACACGCACACACACACACACACACACGCACAGUGGGUGAUAACUGUGCCCAAUGUGUGUACUCCUUUGCCUAAAUCAAGGUCGCCGAGUCACUGCACAGAUGAGAACACCGUGUGAUUUCUCUUUGUCGUCAGCUUAUCUUUAAACAGAUACAAACGCGCGCACACAUCACUGAUCUUCACUCAGUUACUGUUUCAUUUUUACUUCUUCUGUUAUUUCCUGGCAUGUCUGUGAUUUCCUGGCAUGUCUGUGACUGCAGGUAUGUCAUCACAGCCGUGUGUGUGUUCCCUGUAAAGGGAAGCCAUUCCUGGUACAGAGCCAUCAACUUCACAAAAGACAGAUGGAAGGAUCCUGAGCAAAUAAGCUGUCCUGUGUUGAUGAAAUAAUAAUAUUUAAUACACUAUGAUUAAACACAUACCAAAACUCCCCAGCUCUUUAUGCUUAAUUAAUUUUCUGCUCGAGUUUCUAGGAUCCAUAAGCAGUUGGUUAACUAUAUUGCAUCGGGAAGCACUGCUAAUUUCCUCUUGAUUCCGAAAUUAAUUAAAGAGGUACAAAAAUUAUACUUUUUAAGAAUUGCAGUAAGCCGCCCAAUCAAAACAGAGCAAAAGUGACCUCUUUUUGUGCUCUGUGUAAUUUCGCUAUUACAGUUGAAGAAAAUGGCUCCCACAGCAUGACGCCACCACCUCUUUGUUUCAUGGAGAGACUUGUUUUCCUUCACAUAUACUGUAGAGUUAUUCAUGUAAGAUAACAAGUAAAAUUUACAUCCCAUCUGCCCAGAAUACCUUCUUUCACAUGUUUGGUGAGUUUCCCACCUGAUAUGACAGCCUUUGCUUUCAUUCAACUGUGAGGUUUUCUUGCCAAUUAUCCAUAAUGGCCAGACUUGUCCUCAAAUUAUAUAUUAAGUUGCGAGUUAUAUAAUAGCUUCUUAGCUGUUCUUACGUGUUAAUUUAGACGAGUCGCACAUUUCCUUAAGAUUUAUGUUUUUUUCAAUUAUUCUUCCAUAUUCUGAUAAUAGACUGAGCACUCCUUCUUGAGAGAUUCAAAACCUAUAAUAAGGUUUAAUAUCCUGACUUUGCCUCAAAAUCUGCCACUGUCUCCUGGAAAUGAGAAAGAGUUUUUUGGGGUUUUUUUUACCCCACCCAUAACUCCUGUUGAGUUUGUUUUACUAAAAUAAAAUAAAAUAAAAAAAUCCUGACUGCUAUCUUGCUCUCCUUUACUUUGGUCAUGCAGACCUGAACAUGUUUUGAUGUAGAAGGCUUGUAUGAAAGAACCAAAACAGUGCAAAAAAGCGAACAAUCCAAAAGCAACGUUAGAAGUCUUGUUAGAAAUCCCUCUUCAAAUUCAGCAUGUGAAUUUGAAGAGUUAAAAUAAGGAUUGGUAGAAAAAAGUAACUAUAGAUUUUUGUCUCACUCGUCAUGCAAACAUGACAUAAUCUGGCUACUAGAAAAAACGGUAACCCUACAUGAACUAAAACAGGAAAAUAUUUGUCUGAAUGAACAUCAGUAAUAAUUAAUUGAUAAUUAACAGUGAUAAUUGCCAUUUUGUACAGUGCAUACAAGCAUCUGGUUUGCACUGUAUGCAAGACUGAAAGUGUGUGCACUUUAUAUUCGGUGACUGCAUGUCUCUAUUUAUUGCAUAUGUUAAUAAAUGAACAAACCUCUGUUUAAUCUUUUCAAUAAAUAACUUUUCAUUAAUACAUGGAAGCAAUAUUAACAGUUCAGAAAAAAAAGAAAAGAAAAGAGAAUUGUGCACCUAGGAUAAAAAGUAAUCACAAAUUUGAAAGAAACAAACACAACAAUAGUAUACAGCUUUGUGGCAAAUUUACAGAAAAGCAACAGAAUAUUUAGCUAAUGCGAGGGAAGCUAAUCUCAACAAGUCUUACACACACUGACUGGACACUUGGCUGCAAACACCGAACAUGUGCAGAGCAUGGCAUUCCUUCUCCAGCACAAAAUCAACACAGAGUAGCUGACUUGAAAAGCAACAGUGGCAAAAGACUAGAUUAUAUUAUUAAUUUUUUGUGGUUUAGCUCAUAUAGACUGAUAAUAAAAUAAUUUCAGCAUUGUUUUCUCUCUAGUAUGCCUAAACCAUUUGAAGCCCUAUCAACAUCUACAGCAACCAAUUCAAAGAUCAUUAAAGAAAGUUCACAAAUUAGCUCUACAUUUCUAGAGACUAUAUUUAUUCAAAAAAUAGAUUUUAGCAGUUUAUAUCAGGCCUCCUUGUGAUUAAAGAAACGUUCAUGAAGUGCAGACUAGUUCCCCACCUAGUUCGGCUCGGCACACCCACCCGAGGAGGACGUGUAGAUGGGAAACAGCUGUAGAAAAAUACUCUCUUUUUUUUGUUGGUCAGUCUACUUUAGCACUGUAUUUGUGUCUGGAUCUUAGCUUUUGCUUGUAGCUGGUGACUUACAGAAAAACAUUGCAUUUUGUCUUGUGAUUCUCUAAUAACAUAAAUUUUGGGUGUUGUAAAAUAGCUUAUAAGCUGAUCAUACUAAGAAAGUCGGCACUACUGCAGAUAAGGAAACUAUAUUUCUGUAAAUUAAAAGUGAAAAAAAGUACUUUGGUUUGGUUGUGUUUGAGAUGAGAAAUUCACAAAAACAAAAGAAAAACUGCUGGGUUGUUUCUUUAAUCAGAAUGCUAGAAUAAUGCUGUUAGGUGGGCAAAUAAACUGGUGGUCCAGUUUUUUUGGGGGGGGGGGUGAGAGAAGUUCUGAACUACACAAAGAACUGAUCAGAACAGCUUCAACAGGACAAAAUAAAAGCUACUAAGAUGUGACUUGUUUUUUCUAUGUGUCUGAGCCAAAUGAAUGACAGACUGUGAAUCCAUAGUUUGACUUUCCUUCCAGUCACCACAUCUGCAGCAUCAGUUCGAGGUGACUUUUAGAGCCAAAAAUUUUUUAUCAUGUGCAGAAAAGUGAGAAUUUCAGCUACGUCCAUCCACUUUUACACAGCCUCUACAACAAUAAACCUCUAAAACCCACAACCAGAUUGUGGUGAGUUGGUCCAUGUUUGUACCAUAUUUGACUUGGCAAAUUAACCCUAAUUGGUCUGGUUUUAAACCCAGCAGGUUUUAGUGUGUAUACAGGAAUUAGGCAUUUUAUAGAUGUAUGAAAAAGGGUGUGGAGGAAGUCAGUCAGGAAAUCAGACUGUUUGCUACAUUCUGUCAAAUGGAGCCAUGGUUUCCACACAUAGUGGAGUGAACAAGUGGGUUUUUAAAUUUUAGGUUGGAAUAAAUAUAAAUAUAUAUAUUUAAAAAGAGAGAGAUUAUUAGAAUGAACAAGAGAAACAUCCUAGGCAGUGCUUUUGGUAGCAAAAUAAAAUAAAAAAAAACUACCUGUUUCAUAAUCUCUGAAUUAAACAAACCAGGGCUCCAAGGCAGAGAAGAACUAAGCCUGAAUUUGGUUUUGCCAAAUGUCUAUCAUGUCCUGUUGAGAUCCAUAACCACAUGCAAGUACAAUAUUUAGAAACUGAACCUUGUGCACAAAAAACAUGCUGGACAUUCACCAGACGGUCACAUUUAGGCGCAGGCGUGGACCACGAGCGGACGUCAGAACACAGUCACAUACGUCUGCACUGCACAUGUGUUCACACAGUCUUUGAUUCAAAAGUACAGAACAAAAAAUAAAUAAAUGAAGAAAAAAGAUGACUGUACAGUCCAGAAUCUGAGACAUGGAAUCAAUUGAAUCUGCAUGUUUGUUUUGGCUGUGACUAUAAAGCUUUUGAAAGUUUUGAACAGAGACGGGAGGAAACUGAUAUGGUCAUGUAAGAUAUUGCAACUGAGCAUAGGGGUGGACGAUAUAAUCAAAAUAUCAUACUAUUUUUUUAAUAGUAAAAUCAGGAGGAAAAAUUUUCUACGCAAAUGCAGUUAAAGAAAAAAAAAAACAUUUA